AGUUUCCUCGUCCUGGAAGCGCCACAAAAGAAGAAGCCGGCCACACCGCCUUUAUUUUCCAGUUUUCCAGUGAACGGUCCUACUGGCGGCUGACUCUUUCCCUUGCCGACCCAUCCCCUACGGCACGCCGCAACUCUGCCUCAGUUAUCAUCGAGCGUGCGACGAAGAGACUAGUCCGCUCGUAAUAGAGGUUGGUGUGGUGUUGGAAUCGAAACCAGGGCGCACAGAACUAAGGGACAGGAUCAACGCUCGGGUCGUUGCACAACAGCAGCUGCACGGUGGAACAAAAGAGAAUUUUUCAGCAGACAAGGGGGUCGUGUAUCGUCCCGGGUGCUGGCGGGAGGCCAUCUUCUAGGAGCUACGUAUCCCUUGUCAGCACAGUCAAGUGCCCGGCGGACAGAAGGCGGUUGGGUUAAGCAUGGGUUGCGGAAGCUCUUCCGAGAAUGAUCGCAAUGCGACGAACCUAGGAGAUCCCAACAACAACUACAGGGACGAGGAUGCAGAGGCAGCGACAGCUGCUUUCGCUACUCGGCAAGGCCUGGGGAGCAGGGUUACCGCGAACGUUUGGUGCAAGGACCUCAAAAAAAUGGACAAGCUGAGCAAGUCGGAUCCGUUCGUUGUGAUCAAAUGGAAAACGGACUCGGACGAAACUUGGCGAGAAAUAGGUCGAACGGAAAUCAUAUCAAAUGAUCAAAACCCAAACUUCACGGCACAGUUCUCGUUGACUUAUCUCUUCGAGGAGGUUCAGGGCGUGCGGCUAGAGGUGUACGACGUCGACACCGCCUUCAAGACGAACGACGCGACCAAUGUCGACUUGGGGAGGCAAGACUUCCAGGGGUUUGCCGAGACUACGAUGGCGGAAGUUCUAGGUUCGAGCGGGCAGACAUCGACCCUGCCGUUGAUGAAGAACACCGGAAGAGCAGGGCAGGCAGUUGUCUCGAUCCGCAUGGACGAGGUCGAGCAUCAGCACGACCUGGUGACACUCAAGCUGCGCGCGUUGAACGUUGACAAAAAGGACUUGACGUCCAGCGAUCCGUAUCUCAAGAUUGCGCGCGUGCUGGAGACGGGAGAGCAGACGUACAUCUUCAAGACUGAAGUUCAGAGCAGAACGCUCAACCCCGUGUGGAGGGAGAUACAGGGCACGGUCCAGCAGCUGGCGAACGGCGACCUCCUGCGUCCCCUCCGGGUGGAGUGCUGGGACUACGACAGGGCGGGCGGGCACGACUUCAUCGGCGGCUGCUCGGCGUCCAUCGCCGACAUGCAGAGGUGGUCAACAGCGUCGGAUGAUGCUUCGAGAGGCCCGGCCCUCGUGAACCCGAAAAAGGAGGCGAAGAGCGCCAGCUACAAGGACUCCGGCAGGCUGGUCGUGGACUUGUGUACGAUAACCGAGCGCCCGUCCUUCUUGGACUACAUCGCAGGCGGAACAGAGAUCUCGUUCACGAUGGCGAUCGACUACACGGCCUCCAAUGGUACUCCCGCCGACCCUCGCUCGCUGCACUACGUCGAUCCCGCGGGAACGGUUCUGAACGACUACGCCAGGGCGAUGAGUGGCAUCGGUCGCGUGUUGGAGUUCUACGACACGGACAAGAAGUUCCCGGUGAUUGGUUUUGGAGGAAAGUUGGGACCGGAUCUACCGGCAAACCACGCGUUCGCCGUUAACUUCCAGGAGGAUGCCCCUGAGGUGGAGGGCAUGGCGGGGGUGCUGCAGGCGUACUACCAAAGCUUACGGAGAGUUCAACUGUCGGGUCCUACGCUUUUCCAGGCCAUCAUCAACCAGGCGGCGCAAAUAGCCAACAGCACCAAGCACCGCAACUCGGUGGGUCAAAAGUACCACGUCCUCUGCAUCAUGACGGAUGGCAUCAUCAACGACAUGGACGCCACGGUCUCGGCCAUCGUCGACGCGGCCGACGCGCCCCUCUCGAUCGUGAUCGUGGGCGUGGGCCAGGGCGACUUCACCGCAAUGGAUCACCUCGACGGCGACCGCCAGCGGCUCACCUCCCCUUUCACCGGCAAGGUGGCCUCCCGGGACAUGGUUCAGUUCGUGCCGUUUCGGGACUUCAACGGGUUCGGGUCCGCGGCGCAGCACGCCCUCGCCAAGCACGUGCUUGCCGAGAUCCCCGGGCAGUUCAUCUCGUACAUGCAGAGCAACGGCAUCGAUCCGGCCAACAAGCGGCCGCCAGGGAGCAUCGUCACGGGGGGCGGUGGGGUUGGUCCGGCGAUGGUCCCGCCGAUGCCUCCGCAGGCCGCGGGGUACGGGGCAGGGGGAGGAGCCGCGAACGAUUUGCCACCAGCCUAUACUGAGUAUUGAACGAACGGAGGGGGGGGGGUAAGUGUU